AUGCCGCCAGCCUUGCCGCAACCGCCUUUCAAAGUUAAAGCUCACUAUUCUUGGUCGGGAGAAACUAAGAAUGAUCUAGGGUUCUUAGAGAACGACGUUAUCCAGGUUACUAAAAUUAAGGGAAACUGGUUUUAUGGCACUCUGCUGAGAAAUUCUAAAAAAUACGGCUAUUUCCCUACCAACUUCGUUACGAUUAUUCAAGAAAAGUACAAUGACUUCAAGCAGGAUGGCGAGUCCUCAGAACCCAGAACGCCGGGGGCGCCACAGGAGCCUAUUGGGAUCCCACCGAUCCCACAACGGGGGCCCAGGACCAAUUCCUCGAAUUUUAAGGGCAGCCGUGACAGACACAGGAGCGAGGCGAAGGCCGCAAAAGCAGCGCUCAGCGAACAGCUUCGCUCCCCUUAUGAGCAAGCAAGCCGUAAGCAGUCUAGAUAUCAAAGAAUGCCAUACGCACAUUCGCUAGAAAGACUACCGCAAUCAUACUCUGCGUCCAAUGUAAGUGCAAAGCAUUAUAGCACCCCAGAUUUCGAGAGCGUUCGCGCUAAGCCGAGAAAUUCUUACAGUGGCCCCUCCAAGCAAGAAGACUCUGCGGGCUACCACUCGAGGAGAAUGGAGGGCCUUCCACCGUUGCCACCGAUCCCACAGCUUAAAGAGAGAUUGAAGUCUAAGUCUACCGUGCCAAAAUCUUUCUCUUCCAAUGACCUGCCAAAUGUUCUUCCUAACGCUGACCUUGACACGAGAGUGUCCCAACAAAGGUUGAGCAUGGACUUUUACGACGGGUGCAGCUCACCAAUGUCGCCGUCUGAUGAAAGCUCGACUGUUUUUUCUCAGGCGCGGUAUCUGGAGGAUUCGGUCGCAAGCAGCGAAGACAGCUUCGCUUUGAUGAGCGAUUUCAGCGCCACUAGUGCGGGCAGCUUCGCGAGACACAGGUAUGCAAAGUCUUUCAACGACUCUAUGCAAAGGUCGCAACUUGCCGUCGAAGAAGGCCCCGCGCAUUCGCGAAACAGUCCUGGAAGCUCCACGAAGUUUAACGGCAUAUUCAGAAAGUUGCGUUCCAGGACUGGCGACACGUCUCCGACCUCUCCAACGGGUUCAUAUCCCAAACUCCCAGACCUCUCAUCUUUGCAACUCAACUCCUCAAAUGGCGAGGCUCAUGGGUGGGUUGAGGCAAAGGCUCAUCUACAUAGAGCGCAGACUUUGACAUCAAAAGAGCGCCACGAGAGGCAGAUGCUUGCUUUAGAAGAGAACCGCGACCUUGUGCUGCAUCCCCACGAGUACAUCCUUGAUGAAAUCAAUACCAAUGAGGUGAGGCACGGUAGGCAACCUGGGCUUGUUGAUAUUGAACUAAACUGCAUUGACAAAGAGUUUAUAGCAGCACUCGCCAAGAAAAAAGCAAAAAAGGGGGGAUCUUCAUCAGUCGAGACUUUUGCUCGUCAGAUUAUCAACUCUGCAUUCAAGACUCAAGUUGAGAAGCUGUUUGCAAUAUUCAUCUUUUGCACCGAGACGUUUGCUCUAAUUGACGACCAUGGGCAAACAGACUUCGGAAAACAACCUUCUCACUUAAGCAAAACUCUGCAUAAAAACUACUGCACGCCUUACGAACUGACAUGGAUCUUCAAACGCAUGGCCAACGCGCUGGGGAUUGUUUGCGAAAUUGUUAUAGGCUUCCUAAAAACGCCCGGCGCUGACAACAUGGAUUUUAAAUACAACCACUGCUGGCUUCGCGUGUUGACAAACGAGGAAUGGCGUAUGGUUGACGUGAUUCUCGGAAACAUGACCAAUCCUAUUCAUGAAUACAUUAAUAACAUAACACCAGAACAUGCAGAAGCAUUUUACUUCCUCACACAACCACUGCAUCUAAUUUACACCCAUGUUCCUCGUUUGUAUCAAGAGCAACACAUCAUUCCAGUGAUUGAUCAAAACAUAGCAUUGAGUCUACCUGUCGUGUUCCCAUCUUUCAUAUACAACGAGCUCACGCUCUUCAAAUUUAGCAAUGGACUAGCUAAAAUGCAUGACAAUCAAAUAUACGAAUGCACGUUAGCGAUUCCAAAUGACGUUGAGCUGUUUUGUUCCGUGGUCCCAGAAGACUCAAAAAACCAGCAUUAUGAGAAUAUGGACCUGUCGCUUGUUCAGAUAAAGCAUCGCAAAAAGGAUCGGCUGGCCGUGAUAAAAGCCGUAUUACCUGUAGGUGUUUCUCGGGGGGAUUUACACAUACAUUCUGGAAUCAAAGGCACCCAAACUACCCUAGCUAAUAUACACCCUCUUUCGAUGAUAAUACCGCUGGAACACUCAGGUUCCGCUAAAGAGUACGAAUUCGUCACUAGAAUCCCGUCAAAGUCUGUCCAGAGAAUUGACAUGUACAUCAAAGAACCACAAAAUAAGUAUCUCUUUGCGACACAUGAGUACAAUUUUCAAGUUAUUCAAAACCCAUGCGACGGCAUAAUUUAUGGUUCUGCGGGGUUCAGUAAAUCUAUCAAACAGCCCCUAGCUCUUCAAUCUCCGUCUGGAAAAUUACGUCCAAUGCGCAAAAGCGAUCCUAACUUUGAGUUCGGCACUUGGGAAAUCACAAUUGCUUCUAAGGAAAUGGAAAUAGGUAUAUGGACAGGACUUGUUACUUCAGACGCGGGGGCUGGCUGGUGCCCUUUUGCCGAGUGGAAAUGCGUAUAA